AUAAUCCCAUAGAAGAAGAAAUAGAAGAUUCAACAUCAUGGCCGUUGCCGGGGUUAUUGAUGAGCAUGGAAGAUUUCAGCCUAUGUUGGCUUUGCAGGAUUAUAGUAAUUCUUCAUUUGGAGGAACUGAUACAGACGUCAACAUCUCAUGCGGGGAAGGCGGGUACAACACGAUGUCCGAUUCCACCAAUCCAACCCCAAAUUCAACACCGACGCCUGUAUCCAUACUCGCGCGCAUAUCGCUCAUACCAGGUGGUGAGCGACACGGAUUAUCGCACUCUCCAAUUGUUAAAAAGAAACGACAUGUUUGUACGUUUGAUGGCUGUGUCAGGGCCUACGGAAAAUUGUCUCACCUGAAGUCGCAUAUAAGGACACAUACAGGUGAGAAGCCCUACAACUGCUCCUGGCCCGACUGUGACAAGAAGUUCUCGCGUUCUGAUGAACAAAUCCGCCACCUGCGGACUCACACGGGCGAGAAACAGUUCCAGUGCCCACUGUGUGCCAUGCGCUUCAUGCGAAGCGACCACCUGCUUAAGCAUGCCCGCCGCCACCCUGGCUUCGAACCGUCCAUGAUCAGCCACAAGGGUAACCCAAUAAUGGACUAAAGGAGCCUAACAGUAGUCCUUAUAGUCCAAGGACAUUACAUGCUGUUUAAAGGCAAAUAGGCUCUGGAAGCCAAAACAGCCAAAUACUCAAUCUAAACGGGAAUUGAUUCUCAAUUGCCGUACGGUUCUAGAAACAUAAAUCCCUUUAUUUUCAUUUCACAUCAAAAUAAUUUCACAAAUACUCACUGUUUUAACAGUUGCAGCUGAGAGUGUUUUUUUUCUUCAGUGACAACACGUUUGUGGUGUCCUUCCGUUUACACACAGGUGUUCGGAGACAGAUUGCUAAUUGGCAAAGGUAGUCCACUCGGUCUUCUGUCUUUUCUGCAAACAAGCACUAACAUAAGGCUGUGUGGGAACCCUAACCCUAUAAAAGGUGCGUAUCAAUUGAACCAUUUGUUUUUAGAAAAUUAUUUAUUGCUGAUAUGAAAAAUAGGGUCAUUAUGCUUCUAAAACUGUACCGCAAGCGAUGUGUGUUAAUGUUAAGACCAAGCUUCGGCGCUCUUUCCCUCGUACAGAAGACGCCUUUUGUCCAAUGACUCUUGUGUAAUGUAAUUGAACUGUGAGUCAUGAUCAAGGGCUACCAUAGAGGGGGGAGGUAGGGCCUGGGGUGUAUUUAAUAGAAACAUGUUUGGUAUGCUGCAAAACAUUUUGCAACAGUUUACUCUAGACAGAAAAUGUUUUGAAAUUAAAAUGAGUUUGUUGGACAAAUUCAGGUAGGCCCCUCCCUAUUUCGUUCUGUUUGGUUCCUAGAGUAAAUGGUAACCGUUGUAAAACAUUUUGCAACAGACCAAAUGUUUUGCAAUUGAAUCCGACUAAUGGACAGACCCCUGGUCAGACCAAUGGAUCUCCACUGGAAGCAGAGGAAGAGGUUCUGUACCCAUACCCUGGUCCCAGAUCUGUCUUAAGACAACUCCUGGGACUAUUGUCAUGAUACCCUACAUUCAUGUUUGGCUUGACAAGGACCACAUGUGGCACAGCAGAGUUGGCUAAAUCACACAUACAGAUGGGAUCAGGCUACUGUAGCCUACUUCACUCAGCCUGUCUCAGAUAACUCAUCUUGUAUUAUUGAUGUUCAAUACCCACUGGUUAGGUUUCGUUAAUGCUAAGAUAAUAGGUCAUGUUUAAGUUUUGUACGUUUUCUAGCUUUUGGUAUAGUGGAGAUAAUAGUAAGAUCACUGUGGAUAGCAAUUGUUUAUGGAACAGUUGUUAUAUUUGGUAAACUUACUGCUGGUACUGUACUAUAGAUAUGUUAAACCUCUGUGUUAAACUGAGCUCUGAGAUCAAUAAUGGCACUAAGUGUUUUUAUGAUUUAUUUCAUCCCUUUGGUGCAUUUUUCACAACACUUUGUACCAAACUCAAAACAGAUCAUCAAAAAGGCAGUUUCACAAGUCUUAGCACAUUAUUCGAUUGACUAAGUACAACACAAUCAUACAGUCUGUUUUUCAAACGUAAUCAGUGUUUCAUCUAGAAAUACAUGUUCAUAUGAAGUAAUUGCCUUUCACAAUGCAAUGCUCACAUUACUUUUGAUAGGAUUGUCUUCGCAUUUGUUUAAAUACAUUUAAUUGACUUAAUCAGACUGCUCUUAAUUGCUAAUCACUUAACCUUUUGGUAAACCUAUAUAAUGGUUUUGAGAAUAAUGUAUGUUAUACUGUAAUGUAAUAUUAUGAAUGAUUUUACUUCAGUAAGUUAAAAUAAAUCUGAUAUUAAGAUCAGAUGUAUUGUAUGUAAUGCAUCCCCUAUACAGUAAACAUGUAUACAAAAUGAA